AGCGCGUUAGCGCGUUCCACGCACCUUGCGGUGUGGAACGUUCCGGCAACGUGGUCUGGGUUUUUUUGCAGGAAGGCGAGUGAGUUUGUGCUUGGUCAGGCGCGGCCUUGCGGGCCGCAGGUUUGGUCUUUUUUUUCCUGGUGUUAGAGCUCGCGGCAGGCCGCGCCGCGCCCGGACCCGGCCUCAGCAUGUUGGUGCUGUUUGAAACGUCCGUGGGCUACGCCAUCUUUAAGGUUUUGAAUGAGAAGAAACUUCAGGAGGUUGAUAGUUUGUGGAAAGAAUUUGAAACUCCAGAGAAAGCGAAUAAAAUAGUAAAGCUAAAACAUUUUGAGAAAUUUCAGGAUACGGCAGAAGCAUUAGCAGCAUUCACAGCUCUGAUGGAGGGCAAAAUCAAUAAGCAACUUAAGAAAGUUCUGAAGAAAAUAGUAAAAGAAGCACAUGAACCCCUGGCUGUAGCUGAUGCUAAACUAGGAGGGGUCAUAAAGGAAAAGCUAAAUCUCAGUUGUAUCCAUAGUCCUGUAGUUAACGAACUUAUGAGAGGAAUCCGUUCACAGAUGGAUGGAUUAAUCCCUGGGGUAGAACCACGCGAAAUGGCAGCUAUGUGUCUUGGAUUGGCACACAGCUUGUCCCGAUAUAGACUGAAAUUUAGCGCUGAUAAAGUAGACACAAUGAUUGUUCAGGCAAUUUCCUUAUUAGAUGACUUAGAUAAAGAACUAAACAACUACAUUAUGCGGUGUAGAGAAUGGUAUGGCUGGCAUUUCCCUGAAUUAGGAAAAAUUAUUUCAGAUAAUUUGACAUACUGCAAGUGUUUACAGAAAGUUGGCGAUAGGAAGAAUUAUGCCUCAGCCACGCUUUCUGAAUUGCUGCCGGAGGAGGUGGAAGCAGAGGUGAAAGCUGCUGCGGAGAUAUCUAUGGGGACGGAGGUUUCAGAAGAGGACAUCUGCAACAUUCUGCACCUCUGCACUCAGGUGAUUGAAAUCUCAGAAUAUAGAACCCAGCUCUAUGAAUAUCUACAAAAUCGAAUGAUGGCCAUUGCACCCAAUGUUACAGUCAUGGUUGGGGAACUAGUUGGAGCACGGCUUAUUGCUCAUGCAGGUUCUCUUUUGAAUUUGGCCAAACAUGCAGCUUCUACCGUUCAGAUACUUGGAGCAGAAAAGGCGCUCUUUAGAGCCCUCAAGUCUAGACGAGAUACCCCUAAAUAUGGUCUCAUUUAUCAUGCUUCACUUGUAGGCCAGACAAGUCCCAAACACAAAGGAAAGAUUUCUCGAAUGCUGGCUGCCAAAACUGUUUUGGCUAUCAGGUAUGAUGCUUUUGGUGAAGAUUCCAGUUCUGCGAUGGGAGUUGAAAACAGAGCCAAAUUGGAGGCCAGGUUGAGGACCUUGGAAGAUAGAGGGAUAAGGAAAAUAAGUGGAACAGGAAAGGCAUUAGCAAAAGCAGAAAAAUAUGACCAUAAAAGUGAAGUGAAGACUUAUGAUCCUUCUGGUGACUCCACACUGCCAACCUGUUCUAAAAAACGCAAGAUAGAACAAGUAGAUAAAGAGGAUGAAAUUAUUGAAAAGAAGGCAAAAAAAGCCAAGGUUAAAAUUAAAGUUGAAGAGGAGGAGGAGGAGGAGGAACAAGAAGAAGGAGGAGUACUAGUGGUGGAAGAACAGGAGACAUCUGUGAAGAAGAAGAAGAAAAAGGACAAAAAGAAACACAUUAAGGAAGAACUGCUUUCUGAGGAAGAACCAUGCACCAGCACAGCAGUUCCUAGUCCAGAGAAAAAGAAGAAAAAGAAGAAAAAGAGAGAGAAUGAAGACUAAUGGAAGGGAACCAUCAUUGAAUCUGGAUUGAACCUGGAUAUAUCAUGCUUAAGAUUCAGUCAGGAAUAUACCAGAGAUGUUGUCUGAAGUAAUGGAGGGGAGGUUGAAUGAAACACAGUGAUUAAUCAUCUAAAGCUUUUCAAACCUAUUCGUGUCUUGAUGGCAACUCUGUUAAACUUUAUCAUGUCAUUAUUUCUUAGAGUCUGCUAUACAAAUAAAAAUGUUUUCUUUGUA